AUGUUCACCUCAAAGACUCUCCCAUUGCCCUCAACUUUUAGACUGUACUCGGGUGGCAACACCACAAGAAGAAACACAAAGCCUUCUUCUUCGUCAAGCGCUAGUCAACCACAGCAAGAGCCUUCUCUAUCGAUGACAUCUCAAGAAGAGAUCGAACGAGUCACGACAAGGAACAAUACCUCUUUGACCACAGUCAUCAAUGCCAAUCAACAACAACAGCUGCAACACAGUAUUCUCAUGACAGCUUCAUCUCUUCUACCCACAAGAGAUAUAAUGCCGUGUAAUCUCGUGCAAAAGCCUUGCACUCCGAAUGCUGCUGUGAAAAGAACAUUCUCUGCCAUGACAAUGACUACGACCUCCAAUCAUGAUAAUGACAAGUCGAGCCACGAGAAGAAUUUACCUCAUGAAAGAAGAAUACAAGAAAGCAUAAUAGUAAAUGAUGUCGAGGAGGAGGCGUUGUCAUCAUGCCACCACAAGCCUUCUAGUACUACGUUUGCAGCACCAAUGAAUCAUCACUGUGAUGGAGAUGGUAGUGGAGAAUCCAUCCAUGAAGAUUCCACUCCAUUCUUCUUGAUUGAAUGGAAGCAGUUGCGUCAUCAAUCGGUUGGCCCAACAACACUCCACGCUGAAAUUAUGGACUCUCUUAAUAGUGUGCAACAACACUCACAUGCUACUUCUACUAGUGCCCAAAACCAAAGAGAAGAGUUGUUGCCACCGCAUCAUACUCCACUCGAGUUGUAUGUUGCGGACAAGAUUCGAGUCUCCUCUUCUCAUCAAGCCUUGAUAUGGUUAUUUCAAGAAAUCCAUUCAAGUUCAUUGUGGUGGAACAACAAUGUCCUCAAGAAUGAACCAAGUCAAAAUAGGAAUGAUAGACAUCACAACGAAAAUGAACAACACACACAGUCGUCCACUGAUAUUCUACAUCCAACCAUCAUGACAAGUACAACUACUACUACUACUACUCCUCCUAGUACAACAUUCCCAACCAUUCCCACUCAUGCCCUUCCAUUAGUCAAGUUUCUCAAACGAAAACUCACUCAAUGGAAUGACCACAAGUCUUUAUCCCUACGAUGUGAAUUGUUCAAUUUCAAUACCAACUCGGUCUGUACCUCCAUUCCAUUACAUUAUGCAUUUCAUACGUUGACAACAACAAAUAGUCCUUCAAGUCAUGAUCAACUCACUUACAAUCCUCACUUAUUAGAAGGUAUUCUCACUCUUCCAAGACUUCCCUCCUCAAAGAAUCAGCGAAAAAUUUGUUCUUUACGAAUUGUCUUGAAUGAAUCUCUAAUAUUGGCAGAAAGUUCACCCUUUACUUUAUUCUCAAAAAAGAAACAAGAAUUGAUCAACAAUAGUAUGAGAAAGAAGAAGAAAAAGAACAACAGUACUAGUAUUUCUUCAACUCCACUUACUUCAACUCCAGUCAUGACCAACAAUGGUCCACUUACCUUUGUAUAUAAUGAUCAUUUACCAAAAAAGACACAACCCAUCAAGCCUUUUACACUUACUUUUCAUGAGAAUGAAUUUCAACCAAAGAAGAAGAAGAAAGUGUCAUGUUCUCAGUCAAGUUGCCCUUCUCAUCGAAAUGAUGAAAAUAUUAUACAUCCAGGUAUCGAUAUUCCUAUUGUGAAAGGGCAUGACAAUACAUUUAGAAUUGAAAAAACUCUCACUCCUCACGAGUCUACUACUGGAAUGACCAACAAUUGCAUUGCACGUGUGGAUCAGAGUAUGUGGAUGAAUCAGGAUGUAUUGUUGCAACAAUCUCAACCAAUAUUGUCAUCAUCACACCAAGAACAACAUAACUCGAUGCAAUAUCCUCCUAAUCACCACCAUUCUAUUCCAUACCAACAACCCAAUGACAUGAAUCCACCAAGGAUUUCAAAUUCAGUCACAUGUGUGAACACUACCGCCACCACACUCACAGUACCAUCCUCACAAAUUCCUUCAUUCGAGUCAUCAUCAUCCAUCUUGAGUUCGUCGACGUGUGACCCUCAACCACCUCAUCAGCACCAUCAGCACCACGACCUCACACUACCGAAAAGUCUUUUCGAAUUGUUACAAUUACCACACAUCAUCUCUGUAUUGAAAAGACCUGUCUAUGAAUUACUAGUAGCAUUACUCACUUGUAAACAUCAUUCAUCCAUGUCCAGUAUCAUGAGUGAUAGUAUUUGGAAUGCACUCACUCUCAUGGCUCAUGAAACGAAGGAUUCGAAUGUUAAUAAUAGUGGUAAUAAUAGUAAUAGUAGUAGUAUGAGUGUGAAUACGAAUCAUGUGGUUGUGAAUAAUGAUUCAUUUCAACAACCACCACAACCACAACAAAUAUCUCCUCUACAACAACCACAACAACCACAACAACCACAACAACAUUCCUCAACACAAGUAUUAAGGUUGUCCAUGGCCUCGUCAAAUGUGAACCAACACAAUGCAACUUGUUUGAAUGUUCAACAACAUCCUCAACAAGCAAUGCAUCCAACAUCAGUAUCACCACAACAAGUAGUUUCAAUUUCUCAACAACAACAAGUUGCACAAAAAGUAUCCAUUCCUCAAUUCGUUCAAUUCAUUACCACUGCUACUACUACUCCACAAUUCACCAACAAUUCCUUUGUACCGAUGACCUUGGUAUCAUCCAAAUCAGCAGUUAUGAAUAACCAGAACCAAGGUUAUAUGACAUCCAACUCGAAUUCUUCAUCAGCAACAACAACAACAAUCACUCCAUGUAUGCACAACAAUAUUCCUCACUUUACUCAGCUCCAAUUGCAAUCCAAUGGAAAUGUACAAUUAAAGUAA